AGGCGUGCUUCGUGACCGUCCUCCACCGCGGCGUCGUGGCCAAGGCUCUGGAGGAGCUCCCCGAGGAUCGCGAGGCCCUGAUGCCGAUGCUGGCCGCCGGUGGCAGCUGGAAGAUGUCCGGGGUGCUCCGCGACAGGUCCAUCUUCGCCGGGGCGUCCGCCCAGUUUCUCGAGGAGAUCGUCCAGGUGGGAACGGUGAGGGUGUACGCACCCGGGGACCGGAUCAUUCAGCAGGGCAUGGAGGGCACCUCCAUGUUCGUCCUGAGGGUCGGGUCCGCCAACGUUGUCAAGGAGAGCGCGGACGGCGCGGAAACGGGUCGCCUUCAGCGCACCCUGGAGCACGUGGGCACCCUCGCCCACGGGGCGGUCUUCGGCGAGCUGGCGACGGGCCUAUGGAUGGCGAAACGCGACGAUCAUCGCGGGCUCCAUGUGCUCGGUCUGGGAGAUUGAGCACUCCGACGUCCGAGGC